CGAAGUCAAAUGUAGCAUUACGGUCUAAUUUCGAUUUCUGACGCAAUUUUCUGGUGUAUUGUGUUUUGCAGACCUGGGUGUCUGGUUUUUUUUUGCGCAACAAUGGCAAACAAAGGAAUUUCAGUGCUGUGCCCGAUUGUCUGCAUUUUUGCUUUUAUUUGGAUGCUGCCCCGCGUUGAAGGAGAUCUCAGCUAUUCUCUUGCAGAGGAGAUGGAGCGCUUGUCUGCUUUUGGAAAUAUCGCCAAAGAUCUCGGAGUGGACUUGAGGACAUUAUCAUCACGAAAAGCUCGGAUUGAUUUCGAGGAUACUCGAAGGCGUUAUUGUGAUUUGAAUCUCAGCAACGGAGAUUUGAUAAUAGCGGAGAGAAUUGACAGAGAAAUCCUUUGUGACAAGAAGCCCUCAUGCGUUGUAAAAGUGGAUCUGGUUUUGGAAAAUCCUCUUGAGCUGCAUCGCGUGAGUCUCCAUAUUCAAGAUGUAAAUGAUAACUCGCCGCACUUCAAAAAUAAUUUAAUCGAAAUGGAAAUAAGUGAGUCGGCAGAAAAGGGCAGUCGUUUUUCAAUUGAAGAGGCUCAUGAUGCAGAUAUUGGUCAAAAUGAUGUUAAAAUGUACAAUUUACAGAAGAAUUCUUAUUUUAUUCUUUCAGUUGACAACAACAAAGUCGAGCUCGUUUUAGAAAAUAAGCUCGACCGAGAAAAGCAAGGUGAGAUGAAUUUGCUUCUAACAGCUUUAGAUGGCGGCUCUCCUCGGAGAUCAGGCACAGUCGUCAUACACGUCACCGUGCUGGACGCCAAUGAUAACGCCCCAGUGUUCAGCAAAGCCGUUUAUAAAGCCAGUCUGCCUGAAAACUCGCCUUCAGAUACAACAGUAAUUAAAGUUAGUGCUACUGACGCAGAUGAGGGAGUAAAUGGCGCUGUGACUUAUGAUUUUGGCCACGUAUCUGGUAAUAAUAUUAAUGUGUUUUUGAUUGAUCCCACGACAGGUGAAAUUAAAGUCACAGGUGUGACUGACUUUGAAGAGAAAGCCUCGUAUGAAAUGAGAGUAGAAGCUAAAGAUGGUUUAGGGCUGACAUCAUACGCUAAAGUUCUAAUAGAUAUCACCGAUGUUAAUGAUAACAUUCCUGUAAUUAAUUUAAAGUCACUGACCAAUCCAGUAGCAGAGAAUGUGCCCCCUGGCUCAGAGGUUGGCAUCAUCAACGUGCAGGACAGAGACUCUGAGAAGAAUGGACAGGUCCACUGCUCCAUUCAACAAAAUGUCCCCUUCAAGUUAGUUCCUUCUAUCAAAAACUAUUAUUCUCUGGUGACGACCGAAGAACUUGACCGUGAACUAGUGUCAGACUACAACAUUACAAUCAGCGUCACUGACGAGGGCUCUCCUCCUCUGUUCUCCUCCAAAAGUGUCCACUUGUCCGUGGGAGACAUCAACGACAACCCGCCCGUAUUUGAGGAACAGUCCUACAGUGCAUAUGUGAGUGAAAAUAACAAAGCUGGCUUCACUUUAUGCUCUGUCAGUGCUCAAGACCCCGACUGGAGACAGAAUGGCACUGUCAUUUAUUCUCUCUUACCUGCUGAGGUGAACGGCGCCCCGGUGUCCUCCUACGUGUCUGUCAACGGAGACACGGGGGCAGUCCACGCUGUCAGGUCGUUCGAUUAUGAACACCUGAGGAGUUUUCAAGUCCACGUCAUGGCCAGAGACAAUGGCUCUCCUCCGCUGAGCAGCAACGUGAGCGUCAGCGUCUUCAUCUGGGACGUGAACGACAACUCUCCUCAGAUCCUAUACCCCGCCCCGGAGGGCAACUCCUUCAUGACCGAGCUGGUCCCCAAAGCUGCGCACGGAGGCUCUGUGGUGUCCAAAGUGAUCGCGGUGGACGCCGACUCAGGCCAGAACGCCUGGCUGUCCUAUCACAUCCUUAAGUCCACAGAUGCGGGACUUUUCACUAUCGGUCUUCACAGUGGAGAGAUCAGGACCCAGCGGGACAUUUUGGAGUCGGACAGCAUGAAACAGAAUCUGAUUGUGACCGUCAAAGAUAACGGACAGCCCCCUAUCUCAGCCACCUGCUCCAUGUAUUUGCUUAUCUCGGAUAACCUGGCCGAGGUGCCGGAGCUGAAGGACAUUUCUUACGAUGAGAAGAACUCCAAGCUGACCUCUUAUCUGAUCAUCGCGCUGGUGUCCGUGUCCACCUUCUUCCUGACCUUCAUCAUGGUGGUCCUGGCUGUAAGGUUUUGUCGCAGGAGAAAGCCCAGACUGUUGUUUGAUGGAGCAGUUGCCAUCCCCAGCGCGUAUCUGCCUCCUAAUUACGCAGAUGUGGAUGGCACGGGAACUUUACGCAGCACGUACAACUAUGAUGCCUACUUGACAACGGGCUCGAGAACCAGUGACUUUAAGUUUGUGUCUUCUUACAACGACAACACGCUGCCUGCUGACCAGACUCUGAAGAAAAGUCCAAGUGACUUUGCUGAUCCUUUUGAAGGUCUCAAGGAAAUAGAGGUAAGACUCUUUUGUUCUCUAUGA